AUGACGUCAUAUAUACAUGACGUCAUACGAAUUGUUUCAGUGUUAAAGUUUUGUUUACUAGCCUGCACGUUUGCUAACAAGUUCAAUAAUCACAGACGCAGAUUGCUUUGGAUUCCGUACGUUUAUGAUGUCACAUGUUAAGUCAGGAAGCACAUAGAAAUUAGAGCAAAAACGAAAACAAGAAAACGAGAAGACAUCUGCAAUGGCAGACGAAGAACUUCUCACAGAUAUCAACCCUAUACAUCUGGAGGCGAGAGCUCCUGCUGAGUCCUGUAUCGCCGACGAAUUGAGGCCCGUAGCACCAGAUGACUUACAGUUAGAAUCGCAGAGAUCGCUCAUGUCAGGUCCGCCGCUUUAUGUCGUGGCAGACAAUGAGUCGGGGGAGAUGUUGGAUUGGAAUUCCUCAGCUGACGAUCCAGCUAAGAGUGCAGCAGAAAGCAAUGAGUUAGAACAUCCAGACGAGAACACACUUGUGUCGAUGGGUUCGGAACACCGUAUGAAGAGAAGACUAUCGUCGAAGGGUUCGAUACAUCAUGUAGGAGAUAUGUAUAGCGGGUCGGCCGUAGGGGCGGAGGUCUCCUACGUACGUAAACCACCAUCGGACGUACCUAAAGUUACCGUAGGCUCACAGACGUCGCCGUAUCUGUAUAAGUCAAACAAAGCAAGAAAGAGCAUAGACAUAGCACCUCCAGUCUUGUCGAUGCAUAGCAUAACGCCAGAUGAAGAAAAGGCAGUGGAUAUUGCCCCUCCGGAUACAACAGAAGCAGACUUAGCAUUAGAGAAAGCCAGACAAGAAGCACUCGAGAAGGAAAGGGAAGAAGCACUUGAGAGAGAAAGGCAAGAAGCACUUGAGAGAGAACGGCAAGAAGCACUUGAGAGAGAAAGGCAAGAAGCGCUUGAGAGAGAAAGGCAAGAAGCACUUGAGAGAGAAAGACAAGAAGCACUUGAGAGAGAAAGGCAAGAAGCCCUCGAGAGAGCCAGGGAAGAAGAACUCGAGAGAGAGAGGCAAGAAGCACUUGAAAGAGAGAGGCUGGAGGCACUCGAGAGAGCCAAGCAAGAAGAACUCGAGAGAGCCAGGCAAGCGGCGAAAGAGAGAGCAAGGUUGGCCGCAGAAAGGAGAAAGGAGCUUGCCCGCAAGUUAAGGAUGAUCAGGGAUGCACUCUUACUGUUAUUGCUUCUUGUUGGUCUCGGAGCUGCCAUGUAUUAUGUCUUGUUUAUGCGAGCGCAUCCCCCUCCUACAACUAUAAGUGGACUAAACUUUAUAUGCAGGCUUAAAAGGUGAGACAGACAAGAUUUCAGUCUGUAUUGACACCAGAGGAACUCGAUUCUCUAAUGAUGUCAUACAAAACAAAUGUGUAUGGCGUUGCCACAGCGUUGGAUUAUCAGAGUCUCGAGUCUAGAUUCUAAACGUUUUGCAAGCACCGGACCAGAACAGGGCGGUAUCCGUGUUUAGGUGCCGGGCCAGACCAGGGCGAUAUCCGUGUUUGGGGGCCGGGCCAGACCAGGGUGGUAUCCAUGUUUGGGGAUAUUGUUCUGAUCUAUUUUAGAGUCUAACCUCAAUUCCCUGACGUAUACAAUUCUCCGAGAGUCUUGAAUCUAGGGUCUAGAGUCUAGACUCUAAAUGUUUUGUGAGCACCAGGCCAGAUCAGGGCGGUAUCCGUAUUUAGGGCAAUGUUUUGAUCUUGUAACAUCAAGGGGAGAUAACAACAUCUAUGUAUACCUGGAGGAUAGGCACCGGGUGAUAAAUAUAUACAAUCUCGAGGGAAAUAACAACAUAUAUGUAUACCUGGAGGAUAGGCACCGGGUGCUAAAUAUAUACAGUAAUCUCGAUUCUCAUUUAUACAUUAUAAUUGGAAUUUAAAAACUAAAAACAAAAGCGCCCGACGAACAAAAUAGUAAAUAAGCUGUAGCAUUAGAAGACAAUCCAUCUUCCCUUCUUGUUAUCCGGUGACCCACGAAUGGUGUAUAUCAAAGGUCAUGGAAUGUGCUGUCCUGUCUGAUGAAAGUUACGUAUAACAGAAUCCUUGCUGCUGUGAGAUAGAAGCAUCCAUUUUUUGGCUUCUUUUUUUUGUAUUUUUUUUGUUUUGUGUUUUUUGUGUUUUUUUGAGGGGAGAUCUUGUUUUGUUUCUUGUUUUGUUUUGUUUUAUUUCCUCUUUCUGUCGUUAAGCACCCUGGAUGUAUUUAGAAUUUUGAUAUUUAUAUUUUUGCACGGCCCUUUGCACUGUGCUUUAAUGUAACUUUAUAAUUUUUAAUUUUGAUAUUUAUAUCUUUGCACGGCCCUUUGCACUGUGCUUUAAUGUAGCUUUAUAAUUAUUAAUAUUGAUAUUGACCAUUGAUUCAUGUUUAUAUUUGUCAUUGUUUGACGCCCAAUAGCCGAUAUAUAUUUUGUGUGUGCUGUGGUGUCGUAAAAUGUUCGUUCAUUCAUUUAAGGAAAUAUUCCAUUUCUUCCUGUUUGUUUUGGGGUUGUUGUUGGGUGUUUCUUUGGUUUCUUAUAUGUAUGUAUAUAUAUAUAUGUAUUUCGAUAAUGUGCAAUAAAUAUUUAUAAUUUUUAAAA